AUGCAAGCAAACAACAAGAAAUUAAGAAAAAAAAGUCCAUUCAUCAUUGAUAAGAAAAAUCCUUUUCUCAUUCAUCAUUUAAAAACAGAUGCAGCAGUUGUAAUGGCAGCAACAACAGUAAGAGAAGAAGCAGCAGUAGAAAUAGAUGAACAUCAUGAUGGUGAUGAAGUCUUAAGAGCGGCGUAA